AUGAUGAAUUUUGAUCAUAUCUUUCGACGUUUUAUCUUAACUCAAACAUUUGUUCGCGGUUGGGGACAUCCAUCGCACUUACAAGACAUUUUUUUCUUUCGUCAAGGAAAAAUUGGAGUUCGAGAUGAAUGUCUAAAACUUGUACCCGCAGAAAGCGUACAAGAAAAUACAGUAGAAAUCAUUAAACAAGAAACGAAAGGUAAUCGACUAUAUAUCAAUGGACGAUUUCGUUCUCCAUUAGCCGAUUACCUACCGCAUAUGGUUCCACCAGAAGUAGCAACAGCCCAUUUUCAACUUGUUCUACCGCGAGAUUAUCGUUUCGGUGUUGAUUCUCUACCGAUCGGAAUCUGUUAUGCUGGUACUGGUGAUCAUGGUUUUACUCGACGACGAGUUUUGACUGCCAUACCACUAAUCAAUCAAUAUCGUAUUGGGACAAUUCUGCUCGAAAACCCCUACUAUGGAUUGAGAAAACCAAUUUCUCAGUCACGUUCAUCUCUCUUUUAUGUUACUGAUCUAUACGUGAUGGGCAAAGCAUUAGUAUUGGAAACGAUACUAUUACUUCAUUGGUGUCAAAAGAUGAAGCUCUCACCAGCAAUUUUGCAUGGCUAUUCUCUCGGAGGACAUAUGGCAUCAAUAGCAUUCACUAAUUGGCAUGGCCCGUUGUCACUUCUAUCUUGUGCCUCUUGGUCGUCAAGUUCAACCGUAUUCUGCGAUGGUGUACUUUCUCGAACAAUUCCCUGGCCUCUUCUCAAACAGCAAUUUUAUGAAAACAAAGCCUAUCAAACUUUCUACGAAUACUUACGUACACGAAGAAGUUCAAGAGAGGAUUCUAACUUGGUCGUAGCCGAUCCUGUGAAAGAUAUGAUGCGUUUACUCAUGGAUGAAUUCACAUCGCUGCAUAAUUAUUCACGUCCAGUCGAAUCAAACAUAGCAAAUGCACUGUUCAUAGCUUGUAUGAACGAUGGCUAUGUCUUACGUGAUGGUAUACCUCAUAUGAAUGAUAUAUGGCCGGGUUGUCAUGUUCGAUACAUACCUCGUGGACAUAUUAGUGCAUUUUUGUUAAACCAAUCAGGCUUCCAUCAUGCUGUAGCAGAAAUGUUACAGCGACAGCAACCAAAUGUCAAACUAAAACGAAAUCCAAUCAUAUCAUCUCCAAUCUCAGUGACAACAUCUUCUAACUCUUGA